AUGAGCGAUGAGCAAUCAGAUCCAUUUCAACAAUUCUAUGAUGCUCUCCCAGAUCUGGAGCGUAUGCUGGCUGGGAUAAGAGAACGACCUUGGAAACAUAUGAACCUACCUUUACUCGUUCUACUUCUCAUUCCAAUCUUUUCGGUCACCUUAUGCCAGGAAAGACGAGAAUUUCUGAGCUUACCUGAAGAGGAGGAAGAAGAAGACGACGAGGAUGGUCUUGUGGAGUUGCAUGAAAAAUUCUCGAAUAAGGAGACAGUCUUGGAUAAAGGCGAGUACUGCGCCGUGUACAGGCUAAAUUACGAUUAUUUUUGUCAUGGAAUAUGGACAGGCGAGAAGCUAUCAACUCAUAGCCAUCAUUUAUCAAGGAUCAAGAAAUUCUGUCCGACCUACAAGCAUCACUGUAUUGAUCCUGUGAGUCGAAAGCGUAAAAGCAAACGUAGGAAACACUCAAAAAAAGCUCGACUUGAAAGAAAGAUUCGACGCAUGAGUUAUGGUGAAAUACUUGAUGAGCUGGAAAGAAUCGUACCAUGUACGCCCGAGUGUACCUACCCUCACUGUACACAUGAAUGCAAGUGUAAUUACGACUAUCCAAUUAUGCAACGUAUCUGUAAUCCACCUGCUUUUUCUGAAUUCCAGGGCGCUUGCAGUAUUUGUCUGUGUUCCUAG